AUGGGUAACUUGUCUUAUUCUUUGGGUUUCGAGGUUGCUCGUAACUCUGCAGGUAUUCACCUCUCUCAGCGUAAAUAUGCUUUAGAUCUACUUCAAGAAACCGAAAUGCUUGUUGCUGCUCCUGUUAGCACUCCCAUGAAUUUUUCUGCCAAGGUUUCCUCUGACGGUGACCAGCUUGCUAACCCCACUAUUUUUCGCCAUUUGAUCAAGCGUCUCAUAUAUCUUACCAACACCCGCCCAGUUGCAUUUCACAUCCUCCUCUACAUCAAGAACACCCCUGGUCAGGGCAUUUUUCUCAAAGCCACAAGUAGUAUCACCCUCAAGGCCUACAACGACUCUGAUUGGGUCGGAUGCCCUGAUUCCAGAAAAUCUACCACUGGAUACAUUGUUUAUCUUGGAGAUUCCCCAAUUUCAUGGAAGUCAAAGAAGCAACCAAUUGUUUCUCGUAGCUCCUCUGAAGCCGAAUACCGCGCCCUUGCUCAAACUGUCUGUGAGAUCCAAUGGCUUACUCAACUCAUCAAGGAGCUUCAUCUUCAUCUAUCCCACCCUGCCACCAUCUUCUGUGACAAUCACUCUGCCAUUAAAAUAGCUACCAAUCAAGUCUUCCACAAAAAGCACCAAACAUAUUGA